AUGUCUGUGGUGCACCCAGAAUCGAUUAAAUCUGCGGCUAGUACAAUUGCGUACGAUCUCGUCACCUUCUACUCCGGCAACAACUCGGGCGAUGUCCCUGGCAACCUCCCCGAUCCAUACUACUGGUGGGAGGCGGGCGCCUUCUUCGGUGCCCUCGUCAACUACUGGGCCUUCACGGGAGACACAACCUACAAUGAAAUCACGGUUCAAGCAAUCACCCACCAAGCAGGAGAUAAAGGUGACUUUAUGCCAAAAAACCAGACAUACACUGAGGGCAAUGAUGAUCAGUGCUUCUGGGCACUCACCGCGAUGGCGGCGGCAGAGCGCAACUUUACCAACCCUUCGUCAGAUACGCCGGGCUAUCUUUCCAUGGUCCAGGCUGUUUUCAAUGAGCAGACGCACCGAUGGGAUAUGACAAGCUGUAAGGGAGGCCUGCGCUGGCAGAUCUACACUUGGAAUGCGGGUUACGAUUACAAAAACACCAUUUCCAAUGGCUGUUACUUCGACAUUGCCGCUCGGCUGGCUCGCUAUACCGGCAAUGCGACAUACGCAGAAUGGGCCACCAAGGUCUGGGACUGGUCAAAGAGGGUCGGCUUGAUCACCCCCGACUGGCAGAUCUACGAUGGCACGACGCAUGCGUCCAACUGUUCUUCGUAUGACCGCACCCGGUGGUCCUAUACUGCUGGUAUUUAUCUCCACGGCGCUUCGGUGAUGUACAACUAUACUUCCUCGCUAUCCUCAAACCUAUCAGGAUCAUCCAACACAUCUGCGUUGUGGCGAACACGUCUGGACGGACUCUUGACUGCCACGAAUCAUUUCUUUUCUAAGAAUGUGAUGUACGAACCGCCGUGUGAGCUGAUCGGUAAAUGUAAUGUCGAUCAGUUAUCUUUCAAGGCGUACAUGUCUCGCUGGAUGGCAGAUGUCACUCAGCUGGCGCCUUAUACAUACGACACCAUCAUGAACAAGCUCCGGGUCACGGCGCAGGCGGCCGUCGCACAGUGUCAGGGUGGAGACUCGGGUACCUACUGUGGCCAUCGCUGGUCGAGCGGCACCUAUGAUGGGUCCACGGGUGUGGGCCAGCAAAUGGGUGUUCUAGAUGUUUUGCAGGGGCUUCUCGUGACCGGCAUCGGUGGGCCUGUAACUUCCUCCACGGGCGGUUCGAGCGAGGGAAAUAGUGCUGCGGGAACUGAGUCUGACGAGACUGAUGAAGAGAUUCGCUUUUCCGCCAUCACAAAUAGAGACCGUGCGGGCGCAGCGAUUGUCACAGCGGUUGUUGUGGGCUUGAUAAUCGCGGCGACCUAUAUAAUGAUCACCUGA